AUGGCGAUGAUGAUGACUGGCCGUGUGCUGCUGGUGUGUGCCCUCUGCGUGCUGUGGUGCGGUGUAUGUGCGGUGGAAGUGUCAAUGGCCGAUGAUUCUGAAAAUACCGAUGUAAGCCAGGGUUCAGCAAAGGGGCCACCGUCUGAACUCGCAGGCAGAAAUAACGGAAAACAGGAAUCUUCAGACCAAGUCAGUCAAGGGCUCCAAAACGUGGGUGAAGCGUUGAAUUCAAAAAAAGAAGCGGCUGGUAAUCAGAGGAAGGAUCCGAAAAUAGAGACACCAACGGCCGACAAAUCAAUGGACGACAAAGGAGAAGCAGAGAAAGAACAAAUAGGGGGAAGUGCAGGAGAAGAAAGUGGAGAAUUACUUGAAGAACGGGAAGCGCCGCUGGAUGGACAAGGUGGCGAAGGACAAGCAAGACAGGCAGGCAAUGGUUCGGCGAAAGUGGGAGGUCACUCAUCAGCAACAACGCCAUCAGGAGGGGAACGAAAAGGAACUGGCGAACCAUCACCGCCAGGAUCUUUAUUGCCGCCAGCAUCAACACAGGGAAAUGGAGCAGCACCACCAGCUUCACUGCAAGGUGCACCAGCAGCGACAAUGAAAACAAAUGAAAAAACAGUGGAAAACCCCAGAGCAGAACCAGAAAAAGAAAAGCUAAGCAGUGAAGAUGACGUGCCAGAGCAAACGUCUCAAGGAGUCAAUGACGGCGUGGAGCCAAACAAUGAUUCACAAAAAAAGGAAAAUGUUUCCGUCGCACUAAAAGAACAGAAUGGUGAAUCGGACGGUGAUUCUGAAUCAACACAACCACGACACUUAGCUGUUGAUAAUGCCUCUAAUAUGGACGCAGAAAGGGGCACUGAAAUAGGAUUGCCGAAGAAUAACCCUACAGCUAACAGUGCAGUAACAGAAGGUGCAAAAAGAGGUGACAAUAAACAUGGCAACAGGAAGGAAACACCGGUAGAAGCCACAGCUAUAACAAAUGACACAGCACGUACAGGCGACAGUGACGACAGCACCGCUGUCUCCCACACCACCUCCCCUCUUUUGCUUCUUCUUCUUCUUGUUGUCGCGUGUGCGGCUGCUGCUGCGGUGGUGGCCGCGUGA